UUGGAGGGUUUCGGAGACACGUGUACAGAGAAACAGGAAGUGAGUGCAGUGGACUUUCAGUUGGUGAAUGGUUCAUUACAGUGGAAAGUAUGAUCCCAGGUUACAGCCCAGUGUUCCAGGCCCUGUUGGGAACUCUCUUCACUUGGGGGCUCACAGCUGCAGGAGCUGCCCUGGUCUUCAUUUUCUCCACAGGACAGAAAAGAAUCCUGGAUGGGAGCCUGGGGUUUGCUGCGGGGGUGAUGCUGGCAGCAUCCUAUUGGUCGUUACUUGCCCCUGCAAUUGACAUGGCAGAGGACUCGGGGAAGUACGGAGCCUAUGCAUUUGUUCCUGUGGCUGUGGGUUUCACUCUGGGGGCCGCCUUUGUGUACUGUGCUGAUCUUCUGAUGCCAGCCUUGGGUAUUGGAGAAGACCCUCACUCGGCCCUGAUCUCAAAUCGGGACUCUAAACCUCUCAAAGAGAAGGAAGACUCAGCCUGCCUUCACUCAGACUCUCAGGAGCUCUCCAUCAGGAUAGGUAGAAGUGGCCUCCAUUCAGAUCAAAUGGAGAAUGGGGAGGUGUACCAGAGGCGGAAAGGGCCUCAAGCCAAUCCCACAGAAGACCAAGAAGAACCUCAUGGUACCAGAGACGUAGGGGAGAGGAGGGGAAGCAGCUGGAGAAGGAUCGUGCUACUGAUCCUUGCUAUCACCAUUCACAACAUCCCAGAGGGUCUGGCAGUGGGAGUGGGCUUUGGAGCAGUUGGGAAGACCGCAUCGGCAACUUUUGAAAGUGCAAGAAAUCUGGCUAUUGGUAUCGGAAUUCAGAACUUCCCAGAGGGCCUUGCUGUCAGUCUUCCUCUGCGGGGAGCAGGACAGCCCAUGUGGAGAGCUUUUUGGUACGGCCAACUGAGUGGGAUGGUAGAGCCCAUCGCCGGAGUGCUGGGGGCUUGUGCAGUGGUGCUGGCUGAGCCACUGUUGCCCUAUGCUCUUGCGUUUGCUGCAGGAGCCAUGGUCUAUGUGGUGAUGGAUGACAUCAUUCCGGAGGCGCAAGUCAAUGGAAAUGGGAAGCUGGCCUCCUGGACCUCCAUCUUUGGCUUCGUUGUGAUGAUGUCACUCGAUGUCGGGUUGAGCUGACGUGCUUUCACACUGCUGCCAGAUCAUGGAAUGUUGCGUCCAUCCUUAAUAAAAGGGACAAAUUGUCAUAUUUUUUAAUUAAGUCUUUCAUGUCAUGUUUACUGAGGAAAUUGGAAAUUAAGAAGCUGAAAUGUAUUUUAUUUAUUUUUAUGUAACAAUGUAAAAGAGUAGGCAAUGCAAUUAGUUAGAAAUCCAAAAUUGCAAAUAAUUAUUUUCUUCCACAUGUAAAGACAUCUGCAGCCAAAUUUGGUUUCAGACAGAGUAUUUCUUCCAAUAAAUAUACAGGAUGCCCUUAUGCCAUUUGCAAUUUUAAAGCCAUCGUUUUUCUAAAACAGUUGCACUGACCGCCGAUUCGAUUCCAAGAUUGUCCAGAAAUGGUUUGUUGUUAAUAUUUGUCGUCAUUGCCCCCGACAUGAUUCUGGAUUCUGGUGGUCUCAAACUUCAUUUUCUUAUCUGUUAAGUUUUUCUUAUGAACCAUUGCAAAUCAUUGCAGUUAACUGCUCUGCUGAUUUCUGGCAUAAUUCUGUAUUUUCUAGCAAUGCCAAUGCUUUUCACAACAGUGAAUGGAUACAAAGAAAGGUACAUUUGUGGGCCUCAGCAAGACUUUUGAAGACACUGAUUUGUGCUGGUGUGAAUUUUUCAGCCAUUGCAACCUCCUUUGAUCCAUAUUUUGUAUGGAUCUGGAAUAACAGUCCCAGAGGGUCACCGCAGGGUUCUCUGGUCUUUAUUCUUCUCCUGGCCUUUAAUGAUGUAAUCAAUCUAAUUAUUUGGGCAAGAAGUGAAAUCACCUGUUUUUGUUAGUCUUAAUCAGUUGGUCAUGGUAAAUUAUCUUAUAAAUUCUGGAAAUCUGGCUGUUGGCAGCUGGAGUAGCUCAUCCUUUGUGUAAAAGGAAAAGUGUGAUACCAUCUUGAGUUUCUAACACAACUCAGCCUCAGUGAUAAUUCUUUGGAAGAGAUUUCUCAAACUGUCUUACCACAAGCAUCCUUUUUUUCUCAACUGUAUUUUAGGAAACAUAAGACUGUUCUGUACACUAAGGUAACUUAGUUGCUGCUAUCCAGUUUCACUGGACAGCUGUGCUUGAUCUUUUUAUGGACUGGAUUGUUUGAUAAUUUGGAGAUCGAAGUGUACAGUGGACCUGCCUGAGACCUCUCUGUUCAAUGUCUGCAACAAGAAUUGGACUCAAACUCUAGCCUUUCAAGUCUGAAAGAUGUCAUAUGAGCCACUUGACCUGCAGCUCUCUUAAUCUUACAUAAUACGUACACCAACACGCCAAGAAAAAAUCUCUUUCUGUUUCUAAAAACUUUCAUUAGCAGGUAGGAAGCUACAGUAAGCAGUAGUUUUUUUAAGCAUAGCAUGACUUUUUAUAAACUGAGCUUUACACAGAGUCGCAGCACCUACAUCAAGCACAGAUUACUUUAAAUUGGAGAGUUGAGAGAUAACAUCGUCUCAGACACAAACCCCUGCUUCCUCGCUGCAUGCCACGAUAAUUAUUUUCUGCUUAUAAAGGAUUUAAAGGCUUGUUGUGAUUUUUUUUCUUUCUCUUUUUCUUUGUGCCCUGGAGGGUGUGUGAGCUGACAGAAAGUGUUGGCGAGCUGCCAAACCAUGUAGUUACACACCAAACAAUGUCUGUCACUGGAGGUGUGGUACCUAAUGCAAAGCAAUAUAAACAGAAUAAUUCCCUGUGCUAAAUGUGUGCACUGUUCGAGUUAGCAUUGCUUUCAGCAAACUAUUAGUGUCCUGAGACCGAGGUAUUAUGAAGUCUUGCUGGACUAACUUUGUUGAGCAGUGUUACAGUUAUAUAUAUUACAUAGAAUAUUAUUAUUUUGUUGUAAUUGACUGUUACUUUAAAAUUGAGGUAUGAAAUUGUUGUGUAAAAUUGCUGAAACAUUUUAAGACUAUUUUUGCAGGGUUCAUUUUCAAUUUUCUUCGUUGCACCUUGUGCAAAAUGCAUAAGAGGCACAGGACACAACAAUCUCAUCCCAAGGAUGUAUAGAUAUCCACCUGUGCUGUUUUGUUGUCCAUGCUGUGGCUUAUAGGCCAGGUGUUAAUUUAUGCUACAUUGUAGAAAUGUCACAGAACAAGCCAUGGGGAUAACUGAAAAGAUUCAACCAAACAAUACAGGUGCAUAAUGCUCAUUACUCUUUCUGACAAAACCCUCUUCAUCUUGCUGAUGUCAUCAAUAUCAAGUAAAUUGCUUUGAUGAACUGCUUAGGCUUAACCUGCCCACAGAGGCAGAUAUUGGACCAAAGUUUUGAUUGUGUUGCUUCCUGUUUUAAUUCUCAUGUCACCCUGGAAGUGCCCUCGUAGAUACUGUGGCUUGCUCUGUACUGUAUAUUUCUGAGAAAAGAAUGUGGAGAAUUAAGAUGGUGUUGGAAUUAAUUACUUGGGUUUUUUUUAAUUAAUUUAAUUAUCUUCCAUAGGUUUGUGAAGUGUUCACUUUUUCAUUGCUGGUGAAAAUAAUUUAUUGGCCAUAUUUCUGAAGAAUAAAAAUAUUCUAAUAA